AUGCAGACAAAACUUCCACCGAAGAAUUUUACUAUCGAAUCGAUAGUAGGGAUGAACGAUCGACGAUCACCAGAAAUCGAUAUUGAGAACAGUAUAUCCCAAGAUUAUUCUGGCACCAAUGAACAUACAGAGGACGAAGACCUGAAGAUAGAGGAAACUAAAAUGGGAUACUAUUUCCAACAAAAUCGAGUGCCGAAUUUCCCGUUCUUCAUGACGUCUUACGAUAAAAGGUUUCAGAGUGAACAAGGAACACAACAGGAGGAACUUAAGAGAUCGAGUCCUGGAAGUGUGAGGAGUGAAGUGGAUAGCGAUGGAGUUGACGAAAGACCACACGAAUCACUGAGUCCACAGUCAGUGACGAAUUCAAAUCCAGCUCCUGACCCAAAUAUUAGAAGGUACCGUACGGCGUUUACAAGAGAACAACUGGCAAGACUAGAAAAGGAAUUUAUGAAGGAAAAUUACGUAUCCAGGCCUAGAAGAUGCGAGCUCGCGGCACAGCUCCAGUUACCCGAAUCAACUAUCAAGGUAUGGUUUCAAAACAGGAGAAUGAAGGACAAAAGGCAACGUAUAGCCGUCGCAUGGCCUUACGCAGCCGUUUACAGCGACCCAGCUUUCGCAGCCUCCAUUCUACAAGCUGCCGCCUCCUCUGUAGGCCUGCCAUACGGCUACCCCUCGCCGGCUCUAAUACCCCCCUUCCACAACCCCCAACUCAUACCCUCCGGCUACCCAUAUCCGUACCCGCCCUACCCCCGUUACCCGUACAUCCCACCCACUCCUCCCUCCCCUGUUAACGCAGAAGCCACGACGCUAAGGCCUUAUUCAAACUUCAAUUUAAACGUAGACAAAUAA